UCCACGUCCCCCCGUGAUGGCGGAAGUCGAGGUGGCACUUUAUCGGGUCCGGUGAAUCAAAACAAAGCGGAUUUCUGUCUCUAACACACACAAUGUUAUUUGUCUUUAACACACAUUAACACUGUCUUCACGGUGGUUUCCUGCGGAUUUCUGCCUCUUAUUUCGCCUUUCUGUGGAUAAUUGUGUGUUUUGUGUGAAACAUCAGCGUGCGGCUCGUUUACAGGGACCCGGAUGGAGCUUUACACCGUAAACAUCUGUGUAAAGGGGCUUAAGGUCAUAGUGUCCAUGUCUACCAUCAUACAGUGACUGUGUACAGAGUGUGUGUGUGUGUGUGUGUGUGUGUGUGUGUGUGUGUGUGUGUGUGUGUGUGUGUGUGUGUGUGUGUGAGAGUGAGUGUGAGAGUGAGUGAGGGAGAGAGAGUGAGUGUGUCUGAGUGUGAGUGUGAGAGAGUGUGUGUGAGUGAGAGAGAGAGAGAGUGUGUGUGUGUGAGAGUGUGUGUGUGUGUGUGUGUGUGUGUGUGUGAGUGAGAGAGAGAGAGAGAGAGAGUGUGUCUGAGUGUGAGUGUGUGAGAGAGAGAGUGAGUGAGUGUGUGUGUGAGUGUGAGAGAGUGUGUGUGAGAGUGUGUGUGUGAGAGAGAGAGAGAGAGUGUGUGUGAGAGUGUGUGUGUGUGUGAGAGAGAGAGAGAGAGUGUGUGUGUGUGUGUGUGUGUGUGUGAGAGAGUGUGUGUGAGAGCAGCUGGUCAUGGCGUCCUGGUUGGGGGGUCUAGGCUCAGGCCUUGGUCAGUCUCUCGGGCAGGUGGGAGGAAGUUUAUCCUCUUUCACCGGACAAAUCUCCAGUUUCACCAAAGACAUCCUUCUGGAAGGAACAGAAGAAGUGGGAGAUGCCGCCACCGAGCUGCACGUGUCUAACUCCAAGCUGCAGGAGCUGGAGGCCGCUCUCUCUGCACAGAGGUCGGAGUACGAACGCAUGAGGAGAGUGAACGCUGAGCUGGAGGAGAAGUUGGAGGCGGCAGAGAUCCAGGUCAAACAGCAGUCGGUGGAGUACAGGACCAUCCUGCAGCAGAAAGAGGUGGACAUCAGCCACCUAAAAGCCAGACAAAACAGUUUACAGGACGAAGUCCAGAAGCUCCGCCUCUCCGCCCGGGACGCGUCGUCUUCAGUUUCCGAUCUUGCCGUGCUUCCCGUUACGGCCGCCACCACCACCGGCAGCUCCUCCUCCUUCAUGUCCCACCCCUCACCUGGCCAUCACGGUUUCCAUGGCGACGAGGUGGACCUGAGUGACGUCCUGUGGUCGCAGCAGGAAAUCAACAGGCUCUCCCACGAGGUCCAGCGUCUAGAGGCAGACGUCACUCAUUGGAGGAGAGUGGCUCAGGCAUCGAAAGUGACCGGAGCAGAGAAGGGAGACCAUGGGGACAUCCUGAAGCUGCAGAAAACCAUCAAGGAGCUGCGAGAGGAAAUGGGCCGUGAGGUGGACGAGCACCAGCACGAGCUGACCGCGCUGCAGGACGCUCAUCGGCAAAAAAUGGCGGACAUGGCGAAGCGGCACAGGGACGAGCUGGCGGAGUACGAAGAGAGGAUAGAGGAGCUAGAGGAGCAGAUUCAGAGCGGAGCUGCUGUCACACUCUCCACUCCGGCAUCGCCAGAUUCCUCCAAACUGGAAGAGCUGCAGGCUACGAUUCGCUCCCUGCGCGAGAAGGCGGAGCUUCAGAACACAAAGUGCAGCGAUCUAACAGCAAGUCUCGAGCAGGCUCGGCGCCAGGGGGCGGAGCUUCAGCGAGAGAAGGAGGAGACCAUGGCUGAAAACUCUGAGCUUCUGCAGAACUACGCUCGACUCCAGAGUUCUGUUAGUGAACUUCAGACUCGGGUUCAGGAGCAGGAGAGCAAGGCGAUGGUCAAAGCGCAGCACGACGGCGAGAUGCUCGCGCUGAGGAAAACACUCGCAGACGCUGAAAAAGAAGUGUCCAGGUUAAAAUCUCUCACUCAAAGCGCUGAGGUUGAACACGCAGACAUUCUGGAGCUCAACACCGUCAUCGACGCACUCAGAACGGAGAAAGAAGAAGUAGAGAAGGAGAAGUCAGUGUUAGUAGAGAGACUCACGGUAGCUGAGAACCGGAGCACGUCUCGUGAAGCCGAAAGCUCUGAGGAGCAGCAGCUCGAUGUCGCAGACCUGAUGAAGCAGCUGGAGCAGAGAGAGGAAGCUUUAAGGCAAGCACGUAUCAGCAUGGACACCCUCACAGCAGAGCUGGAAGAACUGGACCGGCAGAACCAGGAGGCCACACAGCAUCUCAUCACCAUGAAAGAUCUCCUGGCUACACAGAAGUCUCAAGGUGAAGCUGAAGUUAGCCGUCUGAAGUCAGCGCUUACAGCGGCUCUCAGUCAAAAAGAGGAGCUUCAUCAGGACUUGGAGGUUCAGAAGGAGAAGCUCAGUCAAAGUGCCUUCACUCUCAACGACCUGCACAUGGGCAAACAGCAGCUGGAGGCCACGGUGAGAGAGCUGAGGGACAAAUUAAAAAAGUCUCAGGAGCUUGGCAAAGAGACACGUAUGGAAGCCUCCGAGCUGAAGAAGCUGCUGCAGGAAAGAGAGUCUCAGCUGGAUGCUCUUCACGAGGAGCUGAGUCGAGCAGGGGAGCACAGGGAUGAUGGCAAGGAUCAAAUGAAGCUUCUGGUGGACAAGGAGAAAGAAAUUCAGGAUAUGAGAAGAGAGCUGGCAGAAUUGAAUGUUCUGUAUGAGAAAGUGUCAUCUGAGGACUUUGAGUUGAAGAUAGAGAACAGAAAGUUGAAAGAAGACGGCCUUCAGGCUCACGAGAGAGUACAGAAUUUGGAACGACAGGUACAGGAUGGCCAGGCCUCUCUCAGCAAAGUAGUCCUAGAGAAAGACACUCGCAUCGAAGCCUUGAAACUAGAGAAGAAUCAGAUAGAGGUCGAGUUGAAUCAAGCGGAGAACCGGCUUUUGGAUCAGGCCAAGCAGUACCAGCAGACCAUCGAGGAGCUGACUCGAGCACGAUCUCUGGAUGCCUCCGCAUUGCAGAUGGAACACGAACGUGCUGUGAAGCUAAACCAGGAAAAGGACCUGACGAUUGCAGAACUGAAGCGCGAGAAGGAUCAGAUUGUGGCAGACCACAAAGACACCAGCGAGAUGUUGGACAUUACCGUGGCUGGACAAAGGCAGCUCACCGAGCUCUUGCAGGAGAAAGACACUUUUGCGGCCUCGUUAAAAGCUCAAGCUGAUGAAACGCAGAAGGAUUUGGAGGCCAGAAUCUUGCAGGCAAGCCAAGAAUGUGAAGCACUAAGGAAAGUGGUGGAAGAGAAGGACAAGCAGCUAGGGGCCAUGAAGGAGAAGAAUAGCCACCUGAAGGAGGAAAUCGACCGUCUGAAGGAUCAGCAGAGCAGGCCGCAGCCGAUGUCCGAACCAAGGACGUUGGAUAUAAUCACAGAGCUGGAGACCGAAGUUGCACAGCUCAAAGCCGCCAGAGACCGAUUCGAGGAAGAAGUAAAAACUUUGAGAGCGACUUCAGAGCAACAACGGGAAUCGCUUCUACAAUCACAGCAUGUGCUACAGGUGCACCAGAGCGAACUGGAUCAGGCUCGGUCGAGACACGAGCAGAGCACCCUCAACUACGAAAAACUGAUCGGUGCCAAGGACGAAGAAAUCACUAGGCUGCAGGGGGAGGUGCAGAGACUCAGUGUCCACAGUCAACCCCACACUGUGGAAAUCCUUCAGGAGGACAAGACUGGUUCUUUGGGUAGCGAGAAUGGUAACGAGAAGCAUGACUUGUCCAAGGUGGAGAUUGAAAAACUUGUAAAGGGCAUCAAGGAGAAAGAGACCGAGAUUAUCCAGCUAAACGAGAAGAACCUCUCUUUGACCAAACAGCUUGAUCAGCUUGUGGUCUCUCACGACGAAGUUGGCAAACUAUCUCAAAUAGUGCUUCAGAAAGAUCUAGAAAUCCAAGCUCUUCACGCUCGUGUUUCAGGUGGAUUUAGCCAGGAUCUUCUCUUGCUUCAGCAGCAGAUGCAGGCUUACGCAGUCGAACGAGAACAAGUACUCGCUGUGCUGAAUGAAAAAACGCGUGAGAACAGCCACCUGCGUUCAGAAUACCAUCGCAUCAUGGAAAUCGUUGCAGCGAAGGAGUCUGCGUUACUUAAGCUUCAACAGGAAAACCAGCGCCUGUCCACAAUGAGUGACCCUUCUGGAAGUCAGGAGAUGUUCAGAGAGACCAUUCAGAACUUGUCCCGAAUCAUCCGUGAGAAGGACAUCGAAAUCGAUGCUCUUACGCAGAAAUGCCAGACGUUGGUCACCGUCCUCCAGGCGUCUGGUGGAGACUCUGAAAGCGGAGGUUCGGGUGGUGUGAGCAGCAAUCAGUUCGAAGAGCUUUUGCAUGAAAGGGACAACCUCAAGCAGCAGGUCAAGAAGAUGGACGAGUGGAAGCAACAAGUGAUCACAACUGUGAAGAACAUGCAGCACGAAUCUGCCCAGCUUCAGGAAGAGCUUCUUAAACUCCAAGGUCAAGUGUCCGCUGACAGCGACUGCAGCUCCAAACUUUCGGUCGACUACUCCAAACUCAUCCAAAGUUAUGAGCAGAAGGAGAAAAGGCUCGGCAGUUUGAGUCAGGAACUUGCCCAGGUGCAGCAGACCAUCAGCCAGCUUAGCACCACUAAAGACGUCCUGCUUGGAAAGCUUGACAGUGUUAGUCAGGUCCCAGAACCUUCCGCACAAUCUGUAGGACAUCAGGUGUCCCAGUUUGCCCAGGACGCACCAUCAAAUCUACCAGUUGUUCAAGAUAAAAAUUUAAGACAGGAACUGGAAUCGUUACACAGGAUGUUAGCAGAGAAGGAGAGUAUGUUGAGAACUCUUCAGGAGAACAACCAUCGCUUGUCAAAUUCCGCGUCUUUGUCGGAAAGCGAGCAAAGAAGCCACGCUGAGGAGCUCAGGCAAGCACAGGAGAGGAUUGAGACCCUGCAGCGGUCCCUCAGAGAAAAAGACCUGCUGAUCAAGACCAAAGGAGACCAACUGAAUCAAGUGAGUGAAUCGUUACGCAACCGCGAAAACGAUAACGAGGUCCUGAAGCAGGCCGUUACAAACCUAAAAGAGCGUGCUCUGAUCCUCGAGAUGGACGUGAAGAAGCUGAAGGAGGAGAACGACGCUGUGGCGGCGAAGUCGCGAGAGAAAGAGACGGAGUUUCGAGCGCUGCAGGAGACCAACAUGCAGGUGUCGCUGAUGCUGCGUGAGAGAGAGUUCGAGUGUAGCACCAUCACCGACAAGGCUGCGGCCAUAGAGAAGCUGCUCAAAGACAGAGAGCAGGGUAAGAGCGGGGAGCUGAACCAGCUGCUGAAUGAGGUAAAGUCCAUGCAGGAGAGAGCUUUGGCAUUCCAGCAGGAGCGAGACCAAGUGAUGCUGGCUCUUAAACAGAAGCAGAUGGAGACGUCUGCGCUCCAGAGUGAGCUGCAGCACACUCGCGAUAAAGAGCAGAGGCAGAAGCAGGAGUUGGAGCGUCUCCGCAAUCACCUGCUGGAGAUCGAGGACUCGUACACGCGGGAGGCGCUCGCGGCCGAGGACCGGGAGAGCGAACUCAGGCGCAGAGUGGUGAUGCUCGAUGAGAAGCUGGCGUCGUCCUCCAGUGCCGUGGAGAGCGCCAGUCAGCAGGCCAGUCUGCAGGUGGAGUCUCUUCAGGAGCAGCUGAAUGUCUUGGCCAGGCAGAGAGACGAGGCUGUGCUUCAAUGCCACGCUGCUCAGGAGCAAGUGAACCAAUACGCAGUGUCUCUGUCUAACCUGCAGAUGGUGCUAGAGCAGUUCCAGCAAGAGGAGAAAGCCAUGUACUCAGCAGAACUGGAGAAACACAAGAAAGAGAAGGAGGAAUGGAGGAGGAAAGCGGACAUGCUGGGGGAUAAAAGCGCCGCCCUGCAGCUCAAUCUGGACGAAGCGAACGCCGCGUUAGAGUCGGCGUCUCGCCUCACUGACCAGCUGGACCUGAAGGAGGAGCAGAUCGAGGAGCUGAAGAAGCAGGUGAACAUGAGACAGGAGAUGCUGGAAGAAGCCCAGCACAAACUGACCGAUCUGCUGAACAGCACUGAGGGGAAAGUGGACAAAGUGCUCAUGAAGAAUCUGUUCCUUGGGUAUUUCCACACGCCGAGGAACAAACGCGCUGAAGUGCUGAGGCUUAUGGGUAAUGUUGUUGGACUGGAGCGGGACGAUGUGGACAAGAUGCUGGAGGAGCAGGAGGGGGGGAAGGGAGUGACAGGAUGGGUGUCGGGGUGGUUAGGAGGCAGCAGAGCGGUGCAAAGUGUCCCCACCACACCACAAAGACCCACCCAAACCCGGAACCUCAACGGGUCUUUCUCUGAGAUGUUUGUGAAGUUCUUGGAAGUGGAGUCCACUCCAGCUGCUCCCACACCCAAGCUGCCCAUUUAUGACAUCAAGCCUUUGAGUGCGCCCCCUGCUGGCCGGAACUCUGCCGGUGCGCCUACUGCAGGCUCGUCGGGCGGCGGGAAGCACGGCAUGGACUCAAACCCGUUCCUGGCCCCUCGCUCUGCAGCCGUUCCGUUGUUAACGGCGGGCGGCGGUGGGGCAGCAAGUGGCCACUUGCUCAUGAAGCCCAUCGCGGACGCCCUCCCUACGUUCACACCCGUGCCGGUGGCGGCCGACGCCAGUGCAGGGGCGGUCCUCAAAGACCUGCUCAAACAGUGAUUCACCCGGCGGCGCUGUCAAUCAAAGCACUUUAGGAGACGUCUGUAGACAGCCACAAGAGCUGUUUCUCUUUUCUAUUUUAAUAAUAAUGAAGGACUGGUAGAUAACUCAGUCAGGGUCGGUCUGCAGUGCUGAAACCAUUCUACAAGGUGUUUCCUGAGCCGUCUGCGUUUAACUCAAUCUUUCUGCGCUCUAUAAUCAGAAGUGUCCUUUGGGGAUUUGUAGUGAACAGCAGCUUUUCUGCGUUUGCUCUUUAAUAUGGAGAAGAUCGCUCGUCUGAUGAAAGAUGGCCAGUUGGCUCGCAGAUGCCUGUGGGAUUUAAGACCUUUUCCCUGUCUGUGAAAUCCAUACCAAUAGCUUUUUUUUUUUUUUUUUUUUUAAAAACUAAACGCUGCAGUUUUUCCCAGUCUGUCUUUUCCUCCGUCUCGGUUACAGUAAUGACUCUAACGGCCGAGUGGUUGGACGACUGAAUACUCUGAUAAUGUAACACUUGUGCUGUGUAGCUACAGCGUUAUAAAUAUGUACUUUUAAAAAAGUGUAAAUCUGAAGCCGUGCUGGAAAAGUUCACAAACUCAAGAGGCAGAAAGUUUGUACAUAACUAUUUCUUCUAUAAAAAAAAAAAGCUCGUGUAUAUUUAGCUGUAUCUGAUCAGUGGCUUCCAGUCAAAACAAUUCAGAAAGGUGUGUAUUAAAAUUUUCCAACAAAAACACAAAGAAAGGACUGUCCCUUGUGUUGACCCUGUAAAGUACUCCUGGAUUUAUGAGUGUAUUGGGAUUGAUCUGGGAACGUGGGAUUAUUAACGUAAGGUUUCAGCAUGUUUAGUGUUUUUGUUUUGGGGUAAAGUUUGGGGUUCGACUCACACUUCCAGUUGUAAUUGAAUGCAGAAAUAAAGAUGUCUGCCUAUGCAAA